GAAUCACGAGUCGAGCAAUCUGCAGUAUCGAUACUCGUAGGAAGGAAGCGAAGCAAAGACGGCCAAGUCAUCUUGAGCGAUCUUCAGUGUCACCGAGUUCGAGCUUGACAUUACGUGCGGACGGUGGAUAGGAGUGUUUUUCUUUUUCUUUAUCGAAAUUUCGUGCACAUCAUAAACACCAUUGGCAUUGUUUACAAUAUGAAGACCAUAUUAUUAGCGCUUUGCGCGUUUGUAGCUGUUGCUACAGCUAGAGUGGUGAUCAGUACUGGAGGAAAUGAUAAAACGCAUCUUCUAGGUGCUAAAGCCUGUACCUGGGGUCCAUCAUACUGGUGUCAAAACUUGACUACUGCAGCAGGAUGCAAAGCAACAAAGCACUGUAUCAAGUCAAAGUGGGAAAACAUGGAAGUGGAAUAUGACAAAGACAGUGUAUGCGAUAUUUGUAAGGAUAUGGUAAAGCAAGCUAGGGAUCAACUAGAAAGCAAUCAAACUCAGGAAGACCUGAAGGCCGUGUUCGAGGGUAGUUGUGCUCUCAUGCAAAUAAAGAUUAUUGUCAAGGAGUGCGACGAACUAGUAGAUCAAUUCAUACCGGAGCUAGUCGAGACUUUGGCGUCUCAAAUGGACCCUUCUGUGGUAUGCUCAGUCUCCGGACUCUGCAAUUCAGCACGCAUUGACAAUCUGCUUCGUGAAUAUCAAGAAAAAAUGACUGAGGAUGAUGAAAUUGUUCCAAAGUCUUUAUUCAACGAUGAACUAGAACCUGAUGAGUGUUCAAAAUGUUACACUAUAGCAACGCAUCUAGAACACAAGUUGGAGGGAAUGUCGCGUGAUCAGAUUCUGGAAAAUAUGCUAAAUACAUGUGGGCAAUUUAGCUCCUUCUCUGAUGCUUGUUCUUCCAUUGUGCUCACAUACUUCGAAUCCAUAUACGAGCGAUUGUCAACUGAAUUCAAAGCAGAAAACAUUUGUCACCUUUCUGGUCAAUGUAGUUCGAGAUUCCAUAAUCAUGAAGAAAUAGACGGCGAGAUAAUAGAGGUUGAAGUCCGGCCCCUAUCUAGUGUCGGUAUGGUUGAUGUUAGUGACGAACUUCCAUGCAAGCUUUGUAAACAAUUAGUAGGUCACUUGCAGGAUCUCUUAGUUGCCAAUACCACAGAAUUAGAAUUCCAAAAAGUUCUUGAAGGGCUCUGUAAACAGACCAAGUCCUUCGCAUUUGAGUGCACUGCGAUUGUUGACGAAUAUUAUCCACAAAUAUAUUCAUUUUUGACGCAUGAACUAGACGGAAAUUCAGUAUGUCAAAUAAUGGGUGUGUGCCCAAGACCAAGUGAUUCUGUGUAUAAUGGACCGAUAUGGCCUCUUCUACCUGAAAAACCUGCAGCUAUUGGUGUAAGAAUAAUGAACGAAAAGAAGCACAAUCUUGGGGAGAACAAAGCUGGAAUCAGAAAGCAUAAUUUGGGAGAAAAUGGAUCUGGACUGAGAAAGCAGGAACCCAAGUCGGAAGCUGAGGAAAUGCAAUUACCACUAGAAAGGAUGCAAGUUUCUUCACUGGCGUUCCCUGUUGCAGGCGGUGGUAAUGAGCAAACCUGUGCGUUAUGCGAGUAUGUCUUGCAUUACUUGCAACAAGUAAUCACCAAUCCUACUACCGAGGAGAAAGUAAAAGAAGAAAUUGAAAAAGUAUGUAGUAAAUUACCGAAGACUGUACAGGGCGAUUGUAACCAAUUCGUUGAUGUCUAUGGAGAUGCCAUCGUAGCGAUCCUUGCCCAUGAAAUUGAUCCUUCUGUGCUCUGCCCAAGUCUGCAUCUGUGUCCAACUGAGGAACUGGUCAAUGCCUGGGAGUCAAUUCCUAAAGAUAUGGUAAUUGUAAGUGAGGUCGAAGAAAAACCCAGUUGUCCGUUGUGUCUCCUUGCUAUCACACAGUUGUACAAAGUUGUAGAGAAUAAUAGGACAGAGGCAAGCAUAGAGGCUGCAUUGGACAAACUAUGCAUUCACCUUCCGAAGAACCUCAAAGGAGAGUGUUUAGAAUUGGUAAAGGUGUACAGCAAAGAACUAGUUGAUCUUUUAAUAGCAGAUCUCACCCCGCAAGAAGUCUGUGUAUACAUAAAAUUGUGUGAAGCAACACAGAGCCCUGUUCCAUUCAUUGAGAAUUCCUUCCCUACAGACAAAAAUGGAGAAAUCAUAACAAAUGAGAUCCCGGACUUUCCGCUCUACCCGGUAGCAAAACAAGAAGUCAGCUCUGAUGCAGAAUGUGUCGUUUGUGAGUUUAUAAUGAAGCACCUAGAAGAAUCUAUGAAGUCUAAGAGUAGCAGAGACGAAGUUGAGAAAAUUGUGCAUGGAGUGUGCCACGUCUUACCGAAAACUGUUAAAAGUCAAUGUGACGAUUUUGUAAACAAGUAUGCUGAUUUAGUCAUUGAUAUGCUUGUGGCUGAGGUCAAUCCCAGGGACAUUUGUCAGGCAAUCUCCCUCUGUGGACAACAGAUUGAGCAAAUGCAAGAAUCUAUAUCCGAAUGUGCUUUGUGCCAAUCUGUAAUAUCCACAAUCGAAAAAGAGUUGAAGGACCCAGAAGUGGAUCAUAACAUUGAAAUUAUCGUGUCUAAAGUUUGCAAGUAUAUACCGUCUGGAAAACAAAAGAAGUGCGAGACGAUGAUCGAAGUAUACGGCCACAGCAUAGUCAACCUUCUACUGUCGUUCGUUGACACAAAAAAAAUCUGCACUAAACUUGCACUCUGUUCAGACCAGGAUUACCUAGCAAUGUCAGCAGCCAGCUCAAGAUUGAGACGUUUCACUAAUCUUCCUAACCCUAACCUUGCUCAAAAACGGUGUACAUGGGGAACAGCAUAUUGGUGUUUGUCCGACGACAAUGCCGCCGCAUGCAAUGUUGUCGAUCAUUGCAGGGAGAAAGUCUGGAAAGCAAAUUCAGCGCCAUCAGUUUAAAAAUUCAAUUUAAAAUUUAAUAAAUUUAAUUAAGGUAACUAAAGAGCAUCAAGGUAUUCGAUACUCUACUAUAAAUAACAUUGAUCGAAUAACACGUAAAAAAAUAUGAAAAACUAAUUAAUAAUAAUCAGCAAAGCACUCUUGAGAAAGAUACCUGGCAUACUAUAGUCUGUAACAUUUGAACUGUUGAGAUAGACACUGCAACUGACAGCCUUUUGUUUUUCAAAAUGGCAACACUGAAAUAUUCCUUUAUUGAAACAAUUCGCCUAUAGUCUAGCCAGUAUCUUUUAUCGUAUUGUAAUGUUACAGUAAAUUUAUUAAUAUAAUACAGCUGUCUGAUGUUUAACUUUUUUAUGCAUUUUAAUUAGUCUGUCAAUUUUUCAACAGCGCAAGAACGAAAAUAAAUUUUCUGACUAAAUUUAACUGUGAUAAUAAGGAAAUUAAAAUGAAGUUGUUAAGAACCCGCUAAUUACAUCGGAACGUGUAGGUUCCGUUCCACAUUUAGUCGGCCAACGAAUAAAUUAUUGCGAGUUAUAAAACUGA